AUGUUGAGUCGAAACCUCGCACUUGCUGCUGCUAGGCAACUGCGAGUGAAAGGGCUCAUAGGAGGGAGGGCCAGUCUUGGUCCAAUCAGACACCGCUUCGUUUGGGGUGAAGAUGCAAUUGGUCCAAAUGUACCCGUUGGAGGAAAGAUGGGAGCACAAGAAAAUCCAGAGCUUCAUACAUAUGAUGGCGUUUACCGAGGUUCUCCAGAAAAAGGAGAUAAGCUGAUUCCCGACUUUUUCUAUCGCGCACCAACAAUGGGUACCACUUAUAUUGAUCGAUGUGUGACCUACUUCAUCUCGGCCUUGCUUUGGUUCUGGUUCUCAUAUCAUAUGUACUAUCAUUCUGGCCAUCUGCUUGGCCAUUGGUAUAUGCCAUAUUUGCACGAAUUCAGCGAUGAAGAACUUGGAAUUCCUCCAGAUUCAGACCCUGAUCCGGAAUACUGGGGUAAUCACGGCAAGAAAUAUUUUCAUACGCAUUUAUUAUAUAUUUUUUAUUCUUAUCUAUUAUUAUUAUUAUUAUUAUUAUUAUUAUUAUUAUUAUUAUUAUUAUUAUUAUUAUUAUUAUUAUUAUUAUUAUUAUUAUUAUUAUUACUAUUAUUAUUAUUAUUAUUACCGACAAAUUGGCUUCGCGGUACGGCGCCGGCACGAUCUCUGAUUUCGUUACGCGAAGUGGCGAUCCGUGAACGGAAUCCAUUAAGAAAUGUGUUCUCUGAAAAUCCCACGUUUCUACGGCAGGAAAUCAAAAAAAAACCCAGCGAGAUGGAAUUCAGCGGUGAGGAAGGUGAUCGACCGAUUCAAAUACACAGGUUUUCGGUCAGCAAUGUCAAAGAACAUCCAACUAAUCAUUCAAGGACAACAUCAAUGAUUCCAGGAUGGAAUAAUGUCAAAAACCAUACAACAGAGGAAUCAACAAGGCGAAGGACACGUUCCCUGAUUCAAGGAUUUAAUGAUGUGAUGUCAGACGUUAAACGAUCAUUGCUGGAUAUGAGUCCCGGCGGAAAAGCGGAGGAUGAAGAGGAACCAUCCGAGGAUGAACUUAUCGAAUCCAACGAGACGUUCUCUGAGUUUUGCUCACGGCAAGCAAGAAACGUGGUGCAUUUUUUGGUUGAAGAUUGGUGUUUAUCCGCUUUACUUGGGAUAAUCACCGCCGUGUUAUCCGUUGGUAUGGACGUUGCCAUCGAACUUCUUCAGCACGCUCAUGUUGUACUGUACGAUAUGUGCUUGCGAACGUCCGCCUAUAUAGCAUUUUUCUCAUGGGUUUUACAUGUUGUCGUAUUUACCGCCCUUUCAACGGUAUUCUGUCAAAUAGUUUCUAAACAAGCUGUCGGUUCGGGGAUUCCGGAAGUAAAAGUUAUUAUGCAUGGAUUUAAAAUGGACAACUAUCUUACAUUUCGUACGCUUAUCGCUAAAAUGGUCGGAUUAACGUUGGCGAUGGGUGGAGGAUUACCGAUCGGCAAAGAAGGUCCCUUCGUUCAUAUCGGUGCGAUCGUCGCUACUUUACUGUCAAAAAUCACCGCAUCCUGUCAGUAUUCGGCAUUUUUCUCAAAUGAAGGACGAGAAAUGGAAAUGCUGAGCAGCGGUUGCGCGGUCGGAAUCGCAUGCACAUUUUCGGCACCGAUUGGAGCCGUACUCUAUGCCAUUGAAUCCACGUCCAAGUAUUUUGCUGUGAAAAAUUAUUGGCGAGGUUUUUUGGCCGCCACUUGUUCGGCAAUUAUUUUUCGAUUUGCGAACUUCUUUGUCACCGCUGAGCAGUCCGGAACUAUCACAGCUUUCUACCAAACUCGAUUCCCCACUGAUGCAUUCCUCAUCGAGGAGCUUCCUGUUUUCAUGUUACUAGGGUUCUUUAGCGGUAUGAUGGGUGCAAUCUUCAUAUUCACACAUCGUCACAUAUCUAUAUUUCGACAACGUAACAAAGUUUUCAAGAUGAUUUUCAAAAAUAACUUCCUUUCGUUCACUGUAUUUAUGGCGAUGGUUGUGGGAAUUCUAACGUAUCCAUUGGGUUUCGGACGAUUUAUAGCAGGAAAGCUCACAUUUCGUGAAACUAUGGCUGAUUUCUUCAACAACUGUACUUGGUACACAAAUGAAACGUCAAGAAGAUGUCCCGACCUCCUUCUUCAACAUUGGACUGGCGAUGGAGCUGUGACAAUUUUCACGUCACUUAUUUCCUACUAUUUGGUCUACUUCGUACUGGUCGCUAUUUGUAUCUCGAUUAAUGUUCCCGCUGGCGUCUUCGUUCCAUCAUUUGUCAUCGGAGCUGCGGGUGGACGACUUGUUGGAGAGAUCAUGGUGUUCCUGUUUCCGGAAGGUAUGCGAGGUCCAGGUGGGCCACCAAUUUAUCCAGGGCUCUAUGCAGUAGUUGGAGCCGCCGCUUAUACUGGAGCAGUCACUCACACCCUAUCCGUUGCAGUGAUUAUCUGUGAACUAACCGGUCAACUUGCUCCAAUACUACCAGUUUUGAUAGCAAUGUUAAUGGGAAACGCUAUCUGCAAAUUUCUACAACCAUCCAUCUACGAGAGUAUAAUUCGCAUCAAAAAAUAUCCGUAUCUGCCCGAUUUGCCCCCAUCCAGAAUUAGUGUCCAUACAGUUAAAGUGGAACAGGUGAUGGUUUGUGAUGUGAUCUACAUCACCAGAGAUAUGACAUAUCGAGAAAUGAAGGAAAUCCUACAAAUGGUCCCACAUCUCAGAAGUUUCCCGAUAGUCACAGAUCAUGAAAACAAAAUCCUUCUUGGAUCAGUGGCAAAACGAUAUCUAACGAUGCUACUCCGGCGACAUGUGCUCGUAACUCAGCAGGAUAGUCGUACAAGUAUUCGAAUGACCCCAGCCGACAUAUUCAACUCAAUCCGAAGGACGAGCAUGCGUUUGUCGAAGCGAUCGUCGUCUCGAAAAUCGAAGGAUCCACGAGAGAACGACAGCGCUAAAAGUGAAGCGGAUCAACUUGAAGUGGUUACGGAAAGGACGUACAGCGGGAAUACUUUGCUGUCUAUUUCUCCACUACAUGCACCAAACAGCGUGCCGCUACAAGCUGUAUUCACUCGUCCAUCAAAUGCUGAAUUAGCAAAGCUGCAAGACAGUGAUCCAGAAACGCUUCUCGACCGCAGAAUUGAUCUUGAUGAGAUUGCAAUCGAUGCCGCUCCAUUCCAGCUUGUGCUAGGAUCAUCACUGUAUAAGGUCCACACGUUAUUCAGUCUUCUCGGCUUGUCACAUGCGUACGUCACCGACUGCGGAAGACUCGUAGGCGUUGUCGGGUUGAAAGAACUACGAGAUGCUUUGGCGAACAUUUAUGUGAGGGGUGCUGUUGCUCCUGAAAGGAAGCUGACCACCUCAGGAAAUGUGAUCUCGUUCAAGGGUAGCAAUCCGAAACUCUCCAAUCCACCGGAGGUGGCGAACGGUCUCGUAGUGAAAGCCGAGCAACCGAAAUACGGCAACACUUUGACCGUACCCGAAUGUUUAAGAAUGCGGCGUGAGAAGAAGAAAGCUGAGAAGGUUGUCGAUGCUGAAGAAAACUCCGAACUGACUACAACUUCGGAGAAACAAGAGAAAACUAAACGAAGAGUAAGAAUAGCCGAUGAUUUGCCCGAAACUUCCGGUUGUGGGAAUUCGUCAGAAUCUCAAAGUACCAUCAAGAAAGUCGUAGCUGAAGUGGAGUGUGAAACGCAAAGUGGGCGAAAAAGAAAAAGAAAUCGAAAAAAUAAGCAUCAAAAGGCACUAUUAGAAAGUUUCAAGAAAGCUAAACUAAAUGUGGUAGAACCAGAAGUGGGAGAGAAAACGUUCAAUGACUUCAGCAUCGAUGAAAGGAUCCUUAAGGCCGUUGGCAACUUAGGAUGGAAAUGGCCUACCCAAGUCCAAGAAUCUAUGUUUGCAUUGGCUCUUGAGGAUAAGAAUAUAAUGGCUAGAGCUCGAACUGGAAGUGGCAAAACUGGAGCAUACUUAAUUCCUAUUAUACAUAAAUGUAUUGCUUAUUCGUCCGAUUCUGAGGAGCUCCGUGGACCAUCCGCUCUGUUCAUUGCGCCGACGAAAGAGCUUUGUGUGCAAAUAAACGAUCUCCUAGUGAAGUUACUUCAACCGCUACCAUUUCUGCGUUCUUUAAAUUUGUCUGACCUGACAUCAGAUGAGCGAUCUGUUUGGGAGCAUGAUUUCGCCAAUUUUGUGGUUUCUACACCGGGAAAGAUAUUAGAAAUGUUAGCAGUACGCCCGCAGUUCUGCAGUGAUGUCCGACAUUUAGUUUUGGAUGAAGCUGACUUGCUGCUGUCAUUUGGUUAUGAAGAAGAAAUGAAUGCUCUGAAGAAACAUCUCCCGGUCACUUAUCAAUGUAUUUUAACUUCUGCCACUAUCACUGAUGAUAUGAGUGCUUUGAAAAGCUUAUUCAUGACGGGACCGGUGUUCACUAUAAAAUUGAAGGAAGGUGAUUUGCCGGAUGUUGAUCAACUGACCCAAUAUCAAAUUACGUGCUUAGACGAUAACGAGCGUUUUGCUAUUCUUGUUUCUAUGUUCAAACUGCGCCUUAUUGUUGGGAAAACUAUAAUAUUCGUGAAUGACACGAACCGUUGUUACCUGACUUCCUUGGUUCUGAGGGCUUUUGGUUUGAAAUCGUGUAUCCUGAAUUCAUCUAUGCCUGCUAACUCACGAUUUCAUGUCAUCAAUCAGUACAAUAACGGCGCCUGCGAAAUUGUCAUAGCAUCAGAUGCUGUGGACGCAUUCGGAAGUGAUUCGGUGCAGCCGAAAGAGCCGGUUCGUCGGGACAAAGAAGCUGGAGUUUCUCGUGGAAUCGACUUCCAUCAAGUUGGCAACGUUGUGAAUUUGGAUUUCCCAACGUCUACCGAUUGUUACAUUCAUCGCGUUGGAAGAACGGCAAGAGGUCGAAACAAAGGCACUGCUUUGUCAUUCUGUACACCUGCUGAACGACAGUAUUUGGAUACUGUUCAGGAGGAUAUCAACACCCAAAUGGGUCGGAAAGUGAUAAUUCCAUACGAGAUCCGGAUCAAAGAACUAGACUCAUUCCUUCUCAGAGUAAAGGAAGUAUUGUCGAAAUGUGGAAAAUCUAUUAUUAAGGCAGCUAGGAUGCAAGAUAUCAAAUUGGAGAUUAUGAGAUCAGCAAAAUUGCAAUCGUUCUUUGCUAACAAUCCAAGAGAGAAAACUUUGAUGGAGACGACCACCAGACCUACGACAGUUGCAGUUCAUACCACUGCCAUUGCUGACGUGCCAGAAUAUAUGGUGCCAAAAUCACUUCGCGGUAUAAAUUUCUCGAUUGGAACGAAGAAGAAGUCAAAACCUGGCCAGAGACAUCGAAACAAACUCAAAGGAAAAUCAGUAAAUCAGAAAAUUUAUAACCGAAAGAAGAAUGAUCCACUCAAAAGUUUUAAGAUUUGA